AUGAAGAACAAUGACCUUUUAGGAUAUCCAUGCGGAGGAGAAAAGAACAACACUCAGCAAGAAAGAACACAACAUCUCCGAGGUAAUCCAGAAAUAAACAAGGAGAGAAGGGCACAACAGACACAGCCAGAAACAUCUCACUGUCUCCAAGAUAGUCAGAAUACACAGCGGGAGAGAAGUGCACAUGAGACAAACCAGGAGAGAAGGGCACAAGAGACACAGCCUGAAACAUCUCACUGUCUCCAAGAUAGUCAGGAUACACAGCGGGAGAGAAGUGCACAUGAGACGAACCAGGAGAGAAGGGCACAAGAGACACAGCCUGAAACAUCUCAGUGUCUACAAGAUAGACAGGGGAGACAGCGGGAGAGAAGUGCACAUGAGAUGCAGCAAAAAACAACUCAACGUCUCAGAGAAAAAUGUGAGAGGAAGGAGGAGAGAAGGAAUAAGGAGACACAGCCAGAAAGAACUCAACGUCUCAGAAAUCAACGAGAGAGGGAGCAAGAGAGAAGAACUCAAGAGACAGAGCCAGAAAGAAGGCAACGCCUCAGAAAUAGACGAGAGAGGGAGCAGGAGAGAAGGACUCGAGAGACAGAGCAAGAAAGAAGUCAACAUGUCAGAAAUAAAGGAGAGAGGGAGCAGGAGAGAAGAACUCAAGAGACAGAGCCAGAAAGAAGGCAACGCCUCAGAAAUAGACGAGAGAGGGAGCAGGAGAGAAGGACUCGAGAGACAGAGCAAGAAAGAAGUCAACAUGUCAGAAAUAAAGGAGAGAGGGAGCAGGAGAGAAGAACUCAAGAGACAGAGCCAGAAAAAAGUCAGCGUCUCAGAAAUAAACGAGAGAGGGAGCAGGAGAGAAGAACUCAAGAAAUGCAACAAGAAACAACUCAACAUCUUGAGGAACAUCAAGAAAGAAUACAAAUGAGAAGGGAUUCAGAGAUGGGAGAUGAAAGAACUAGAAGGCUGGAUGAACAACGAAAUGCACGACAUAUAAGGAGAAAUAUUAAUGCUGAUGUUGGUCAAAUGACCAAUGUUUGCCUUCAUUGUCGAGCUAAACACUUCUCAGCAGAAACAACCAACUUUUGCUGCAUGAAGGGUAAGGUCAACAUUGCUCCUCUGAAAACACUCCCGAAUGCACUCCUUAAUUUGUAUACAGGUGACACGCCACAAGCACAUGAGUUCCAAAAGAAUAUUAGACAAUACAAUUGUCUCUUUCAAUUCACGUCAUUUGGUGCCAAGGAAGUGGUGUCACAUGGAUGGAAUCCUUCAGUGAUCAUUCAAGGCCAGAUUCAUCAUUUCAUUGGUUCUUUGAUGCCUGACCAAGAUCAACAAAGUAAAUUCUUACAAAUCUAUUUCAUGGACCCGCAAGAUAGCAUUGGGUUGCGAAUGAGUAUACUCCAAGAUGCUGGUAUUCAAAGGGACACUGUUGAAAUGCUUGAAAACAUGAUAAGACUAAACAACCCUUACAUUCAUUCACUUGUGAUGGCGAUGGAAAGAAUUAGAGAUUUACCGGAGGCAUCAAUCGUUAUUGAUCCCAAUUAUCGGCCACCUUUCCAACAUGAACGGAGGUUUAACACGCAAACUGCAAAUGAAGUUGCCGUCAUCAUAGCAAGCAGUAAUGAGCCUGUGGCAACAUCACACCACAUUGUCUUGAGAAGAAGAGGAAGAGGAGGAGCAGAAGGAGGUCUGCAAAUCAUUUCAGAGUCCCAUAGGUCUUAUGACAGUUUUCAAUACAUCCUUUUCUUUCCACUUGGUGAUGACGGAUGGCAUUCACAACUCCAAAUGAGUACCGGCAGAAAAUUGACACUAAUGCAAUAUUAUGCAUAUAGGAUCAUGAAUCGUGACAAUGAAUUCAACCAGCUUUUGAGAGGAGGAGGACUCUUCCAACAAUACCUUGUAGAUAUGGCGGCUAAAAUGGAAGGUGAUAGACUGAAUUAUUUUCGCAUGAAUCAGGUAUCGUUGAGGUCAACGACGUACAAAGGACUGACGGAUGCAUUACAUGAUGAUGAUGACUUGGAAAACAUUGGAAGGCGCAUCGUCCUCUCUUCAACAUUUGUCGGUGGUCCCAGAUAUAUGAUGGGACGAUGCCAGGACGCCAUGAUGUAUGUUCGGAAGUAUGGUACUGCUGCAUUCUUCAUUACAAUGACCUGCAAUCCAAAUUGGAGCGAGAUUCGACAGUGCCUCUUUCCAAAUCAGCAGCCGUCUGAUAGACCGGAAUUAAUAGCAAGAGUAUUCGAGCUGAAAAGAAAAAUAUUCAUGAAGACCGUCACUGGACCAGAUGGCUUCUUUGGAAACUGUAUUGCUUUCAUCUUGACUAUGGAAUAUCAGAAGAGAGGCCUGCCUCAUUUCCAUUGUCUGCUUUGGCUUGAUGAAGCGAGUAAGCCAAGACCUCAACAAUAUGAAAGAUUUGUGCAAGCUGAAAUUCCAGACCCACAAGCAGAUCCUGAGCUGCAUAAAUUGGUACUCAAGCACAUGAUCCAUGGACCGUUCUGCAAGGCCACAUCUCGAUGUUGGAAGGAAGGAAGAUGCACCAAGAGAUUCCCAAAGCCAUUUGUCGAAAGCACAAUGUAUGGCGAUGAUUCGUAUCCUCUGUGCAGGAGAAGAUCUCCCGCAAUGGGAGGAUUUCAGGGACAUCAAGAAGGACGUUCUUUCAGACUAUUACUUCUAAUUGGGUUGUGCCCUAUAAUGCAGAACUAUUGA